GCUCUUGCUCGAAACCAAAAUAUUUCCCCAGAUUACUACUUGAUUCCGCAAUUUACCCAUAUACAAAUCAAUAAACCAAUCAUGGCUUCUCUGCCACAAAUGCAAGCCUUAACUCUCGAUCAACUAUCAGACGAUAUCCUGCAACGCAUACUAGACCUCGCCAUGGCACGCGACUCUCCAUUUUAUAUAGACGACCCCCGUCCAGGCCUAGAUCGUAGCACGUACAUAAAAUGGAGUCAUCCUGCCCUAGAGUCCUCUACCGGCGCAAAAGAUCCAAAUUACACUGGUUGUAAGGGAGGCUCUCCCCAGCAUCAUCGGACACUUCAGCCCGUUCACAGGAUGGACUGGAUUGCCAUCAACAGCACGAGCCGCAGAAUUCGCACCCUUGGAAAGGUGUCGUUCUUCAGGGUCAAGACAUUCGCAAUGCACCAAGACUUACCCGCGCGCCUCCAGCGCAACGACCCCAAUGGUAUCAAAGGCAUGAUGCCACAUGACCAGGCUCUGGCACUUUCUUGUAUCCGCGACAUUGUUAUCCUGAACCCCAGACAGUCUUCUCCAACUACUUUUCCCGCCUUGCCCCGAAUGUUGGCCGUCUUUCCGUGCUUAUAUCGCUGCACACUACUCUUCGGAUUCACUAUUCAUACCGGGUAUAAAUAUGAUGGGGAUUACAAAGGCGAGGCAGAUGACGUGGAGUGGAUCACCGCGGCGUUUGCAUUGGGCGGUCCUGUUCCCCUUAAAAUGCAAGAACACAUGGCUGGCAUCGGGAUGCCGAGAGAUUUUAGGUUGGAGGAGGCAAUGGGACCCGGGUCCAAUUGGCGGGAUCACCGGAAUUUGAUGGAGACGAACAUUUAUCCGACCUUACGAGUCAAGUCCGAAUUGCUACGGGCCAAGGAGGAGAGGGAGAGGUCGACCGCAUCUCAGGUUGUGUCCUAAAUUUAGUCUUGACAUGAGUUUAUAUCUAGCGUUGUGUAGCAAGCAUCUCUUCGUCCUUGAUGUCUCUAGAUAGUUUUAGGACGCCUUACUAUACUUUAUAGAAGUCAAACAACCAUCCCUAACGCGGGAUUGAACCCCCCCUCAAUCCC